AUGGAGAUGAAAUACCCAAUUCAACCUGAAAUUUACUGGAGGAAUCUGAAAGAACCCAUGAUUUUGAGAAUAUCAAAUUCACUUGCAGCUAUUAGACAAUUGGAGUUUAAAUCUGUUGCUAGUGUAAGGUCACUGUACAAUGUGUUUGAUAGUUUUGCCUCAGAGGAUAAUAAUCUGAGUGAGGCAAUGGAGAAAGAUACAGAAGUAGCUGAUAGUUUUGCCUCAGUGAGUGAUAAAGAAGAGGAAAGGAGAAGGAAGAUUGGAUUAGCAAAUAAAGGAAAAGUACCAUGGAACAAAGGAAAGAAACAUAGUGAAGAUACUCGAAGACGAAUCAAGCAGAGAACAAUUGAAGCUUUGAGAAAUCCCAAGGUACGGAAGAAGAUGUCUGAGCAUCAACAACCACACAGUGAUGAAACUAAGGAGAAGAUAAGAGUUUCGGUGAAACAAGUUUGGGCACAACGGUCAAGGUCCAAGCGAUUAAAGGACAAGUUUACGUCGUCUUGGUCAGGAGGUAUUGCAGAAGCUGCAAGGAAAGGAGGAAAUGGGGAAGUAGAACUCGAUUGGGACAGUUACGAAAGAGCAAAGCUAGAGAUAUCUUCUGAGCUGCGUCAAGAGAAAGCAAGAACAAAGGAAGAAACCAAGAUGAGAGCAGAAGCCAGGACCGAGAAGAAGAUGAGGAGAGUUGCAGAAAGAAAGAAAGAACGCAAAGAGAGAGAGCGACGAAGAGAAGGAGAGGUUCGUAAACCAAAGCAGAACAGAGAGAAUGCAACCAUUGCCUCACGGUCUAAACUGAACAAGAGACUCACAAAGAUUCAUAAGAAGAAAACAAGACUAGGUAAAAUCGCUAUUGGAACGGAUAGGGUAGUAUCAAUUGCAGCUAAAUUGGAGAAGCUAGAUUUGGAACUGAUAAGGAAAGAAAGAAGAAGAGGAGAUAUCUCACUCGCUGACCAGAUCCAAGCAGCCAAGAACCAAAGAGGGAAUGAUGUUUUAUCAAGAAGAUUUGGUCUUUUUGCUAUGAGUUCAAUGGAUUUUGAUUAA